GAGUGUUAUGACACAGACACAACCAGUCCCAAAGUCGUUUUGGUCUAUAUUAAAAUGAUGGGCAUUUGUUUCACCUCGGUUUUCAUGAAGUUUUCAGCAAUGUUGGCAACGCUGCAGAAGUUCGGGCUGCGCCACCACGAGCUGCCGACCAUGCUGUGGAACGCGGAGGUGCUGCUGCGCGUCCUGGCCCUCGAUGUCCACAGCACCACCGACAAACGCAUCCCGAUGAUAUUUUACAUGACGUCAGCUGUAGUCCUGGUGCUGUACUUCUACACGUACCACCUGUCGACGUACUGGUUCAUCUGGCGAGGAGGCGGGGACCCGCUCUUCGUCGUCCUGCUGCUGUCGCUGUCUAUCAGCAGCUCCGUCGGUGUCGUGAAGCUGCUUUAUAUGUACUUCAAUGGUGCAAAACUAAAGAAACUCGUAUCAGAGUAUCUGGCAUGUGACGCUGCGGUGGCCCCCGAGAGUCGGAUGCAGAGGAAUGUGAACGCGACUCUCAGGAGCGUUAAGAAACGGGCCAUUAUUUUCUGGGUGAUCAUAAUCGGUAACGGAGUCAUUUAUGUCGGGGCUCCGCUUUUCAAAUCUGGAAAGCAUUUCGCUGAAGAUAAGCAGAUUCUUCUCGGUCUGGAGCCUAUGUACGAGUCGCCGAACUUCGAGCUCGCCAACGUUGUUCUGUGGGCCAGCGUCUUCUUCAUAGCGUAUGCGCCGGCCAACGUCACUGGAUUCAUCAUCAUCAUUGUCGGCUACUCCGAAGCGCAAAUGCUGGCCCUCAGUCAAGAGUUACUCUAUCUUUGGGACGAUGCUCAAACCCACUAUAAACAGAUCCAACCUAAUUCAAUAGAUGGUUCAAGUACCAACUAUAUUUUCAGAGAAUCAGAUGCUAGCAAAAGAAAGAAGCUGCGUAUGGUUAACUGUUACGUCAAAAACCGUUUAGUAAGCAUUAUUAAAAGUCACGCAACCAAUAUCAAUCUUAUUAAUCAAGUUGAAAGCAUGUUCAAAAGUGCUUUAGCUAUAGAAUUCACUUUACUAUCCUGUGGUCUUAUAGCGGCAUUGUUAGGUGGUUUAGAGAACACGUACAUUGAGGUGCCUUUUGCGUUGGUACACGUGUCUAUGGAUUGUAUCUCUGGGCAGAAACUGAUAGAUGCGAGCAAGGCAUUUGAAGACGCGGUGUACGCUUGCCAAUGGGAACUCUUUGAUGACAGCAACAGGAAGUUGGUGCUAGUGAUGUUACAAAAUGCACAGAAGGCGUUGCGUUUGUCGGCAGGAGGGCUGGCGAGCCUCAGUUACACGUCCCUUAAGUCGGUGAACAAGUCGAUAUAUUCGGCGUAUACUGCACUACGCUAAACUACUAAAAAUAAAUAGGACAAUCAUGAGAUAUCAUGUAAGAAGUAGAAUAUAGUCGAAUUUAAACUGUCGUGAGUCAUACUACUAACAUUAAAGUUAAUUUUACGGUUUACACUCGCGUGACAUGUUUCGGAGAGCCUAGUUCUCACGUGAGUGUAAACCGUAAAAUUAGGUAAAAGUAGAAUAUAUAUAAAAUAGUAAAAGAAGUAGAAAUAUAUUUGGAUUCAUUUAUAAACACAUUCAUUAAUUUGAUUCAUUUAUUCAUUUAUUUGUGUAUUUCAAUAACUUGUUACACUCUCAAGAACGCAUUGCUGCAGCUUAACUGCUAUGUUAAAGCAGAGAAGACUUCGUUGGUUUAUCGCAUGGACCCCGAGAGACUACCACGCCAAGUAAUGCUGAGUCAGAUAGCGGACGUAAAGAGACCUGUUGAGCGUCCAACUCUACGGUUUAAGGACUCCUGUAAGCGGGACAUGUACAGUUUUGGCAUUCGGACCGACAGUUAGGAGAAACGCGCCGAAAUUAGCCGGAAUGGCGUCAUGACAUUCACGUUUGGCUUCAGUUGAUCUCGCUGUUUAAGUACUGGUACUUGAAUCAGAAAAAUCGAGUGAAGUGGGCAAACGAGCUUUCGACGCCAUGUUGGCUGGAGUGCGGGUUUAGGCAGGGGUUAAGCUCACCCUUACUCUUCAGUUUAUAAAUGAAUGCACAGAUUGAGGAGCUCAGUGGCACUUAUGUCGGCUGCUUUGUUGACGGAGUCUGUGUCAAUAACCUGAGUUACGCAGAUGACAUUCAGUCAGUGCAUUGCGUCAACUUAUUGGUGUCUGUGAGAAGUACGCGACAUCGCAUGGUUUGUCUUACAAUGUGAAUAAAACUAGCUACAUGGUGUUCAGGGCGGGAAAUAAAUUUCCUUUCUUUUUCCACCAGUUAUACUCGUACUUAAUGGUGUUCCCUUAGAAAGAGUGACACAGUUUAGGUACUUGGGACAUUUGCUGACUGACGACCUGAAGGACGAUGUAGUUAUGGAGAGGGAGCGCAGGGCAUUGCCAGUUCGAGCGAAAAUGCAAGUCCGCAUAUUUGCUCGAUGUACAGUUGAAGUUAAAACUACACUUUUCAAGGCUUACUGUAUGGCUACACUAUUGUGAUAGUUUCAUAAAUUUUAAAAUUAAUUUAUGUUUAUUUUCAAUAUCUCAUACACGCAACUAGAACGCACAUCUUAUAUAUUUUACAUAUGGCAACAUCCUUUUUCCUAUACCCCCACCCUCACCUUAAACCGCCAGUACAAAAUAAAAAACGUUGCGCGCGCGCCCAAAAACUCGCACUCUUCUAAUUAAAACUCAAAAUACAAGUGAAAACUUUUGAAGUUUUGGACCCGGGUACGUCCUUAAACUACGUCCAAAAGAGAGGUAUGGGCAUUGUGAAUGUCAUCUCGCUUUGUGUGGUGGGGCACAGCCAGUGGAUGUCAUUCCAGAUCUAGAGCAGAGCCCAACUGGAGAAGUACCUCCACCUUACAGAAAACAGCAGCCAAAUAACACUAGACCCUACUCAUAGUGUUGUGUUCCUGCCGGUGAGUAAGGUUGCCAGAGCUCAAUGAGGGGGGGCGGGUUUAGGGUCGGCAACGCGCAUGUAACUCCUCUGGAGUUGCAGGCGUACAUAGGCUACGGAGGCUGCUUACCAUCAGGCGGGCCGUAUGCUUGUUUGCAACCGACGUAGUAUAUAAAAAAAAAAGAAAAAGGUCUCCAUGACGAUCAGUGACGUCACUUUUAACACUAUGCAAUGUGAACAAUCAAAUUUCUGUGUUUGUGGUGAAAUACGAACUCAAAAUUGGAGAAGGCGGGCUAUGAGCUAUUCGAGGUUAGUCCCUGCCCAUCCACUGUACAUCGCUGUAUAGGUACUUCAAGUCUGUGGGUUAGAUAUACUCAACGUGCUUA